AAGUUUUGUGGCAGUUCUGCUUGGGUGAAACAUUGUUUUAUUAAUUACCCCCGUGGCUUAUUAAAGAUGUGGUAAAUGUUGCACAUCUGCCCUGUUCUGCCUACUGAGCAGGUGAACCUGCAGUGAGGUGGCCACCCAAAAUUUGCUGUUCCCUUGCUGCAGGUGUGUCCAUCCCCUAAUACCACCUGGGCAAACCUGGGAAUAUAAAUCCCAGCCAGAAAAGUCAACAGCUGCUUUGAAUGCCCUGGUGUCCAGACAACAGUGCUGGAUCAUCUUGUACACAGGACAUCUGAGAUUUUGGCAGGGAUGUGAUCUUUGCUGUGUCACAAGAGUGUUGGCCAGGAGGCCAGAUGCAUGGAGAGCAGAUUUAGGGUAAAGUAUUUUUCUUAGCUGCUGAUGUUGCCUGGAUUUUUUUCCAUUUUGAGCAAUAAGUCUGCAAUGUCCCCUGUGUGCUCCAGCUAAGCAGAGGGAAAUACCACUUUGAACUCUGCAAGUGUUGUUUAUAAGAAGCAAGGCUUGAAGUUGAAAAUAGCAGCUGUGCAUUUGCAUAAAGUUGAGCACAGACAUCAACAGAGCUAAUCUUUCUAUAAGGUAAAUGCAGAAAAUAUUAUGCUGAAUGGAGGUCUCUGAGGUUAUAACAUGGAUGUACUGUAUAUGGCUCUUUGGGAUGAGCUCACAAAGCCUGUGAGCAUACGAGAAAGGAAAAGCCAGAGGAAGGCAGAGCUAGCAUCUACCGCACUGUCUUCACCAAUUCCUGCAAGGAGAUGAUGUGCUACCCUGACUUCCCCUUCCCUGAUGACUACCCCAACUAUAUACACAACACAAGGCUCCAGAAGUACAUCCGUGACUAUGCACAGCAUUUUGACCUUCUCCGGCACAUCCGCUUCAAGACCACGGUCACCAAGAUAAGGAAGCGCCCUGACUUCAGUGCUACGGGGCAGUGGGAGGUGGUUACGCGAAAAGAUGGGAAGGAAGAGGCAGCGGUUUUUGAUGCUGUUAUGGUUUGCACUGGGCACCAUGUCUAUCCAAACCUCCCCCUUGCCCACUUCCCAGGGAUAGAGAAAUUUAAAGGCUGCUAUUUACACAGCCGGGAGUACAAGGAGCCAGAAAAGUUCAGAGGGAAGAAGGUGCUGGUGGUCGGCUUGGGCAACUCUGGCUGUGACAUUGCUGUGGAGCUCAGCACCGUGGCCUCACAGGUUUACCUAAGCUCCCGAAGGGGCUCCUGGGUGAUGAGCCGUGUCUGGAACUUCGGCUACCCCUGGGAUAUGCUGCUCAUCACCCGCUUCUGGACGUGGCUGGACAACUUUCUCCCCAAGUCAGUCAGUGACUGGCUCUAUGUCAGGGGCAUGAACCAGCAGUACAAGCAUGAAGACUUUGGCCUAAUGCCGGUGGAUGGAGCAUCCCGCAGAGAACCGGUGUUGAAUGAUGACAUCCUGAGCCGCAUCACCUGUGGUGUGGUGCUGAUAAAGCCAGGUGUGAAGGAAUUCAGAGAAACGUCGGUCUUGUUUCAAGAUGGGACUGUGCAGGAUGACCUCGAUGUGGUUAUCUUUGCCACUGGCUACUCUCACUCCUUUCCUUUCAUGGAGGAUGAAUCCAUUAUUGAAAGCAGGAACAAUGAGGUUAACCUCUACAAAUGCAUUGUUCCUCCUCAGCUGGAGAAGCCAACCAUGGCAGUCAUUGGGUUGGUCCAGUCCUUUGGAUCUGCCAUCCCGACAGCAGAUGUCCAGUGCCGCUGGGCAGUCAAGGUGUUUCAGGGGCUCUGCACUCUCCCCUCAGUCAGCGAGAUGCUGGAGGACAUAGAGGAGAAGAAGAGGAAUAAGAUCAGAUGGUUCAGGACAAGUGACACGCUGCAGACCGAUUACAUCACCUACAUGAAUGAGCUGACCUCAGCCAUCGGUGCGAAGCCCAACGUGCUCAAGCUGUUGCUGACAGACCCACUACUGGCCCUGAAGGUCUUCUUCGGUCCCUGCACCCCCUACCAGUUCCGCCUGACAGGGCCGGGGAAGUGGAGUGGAGCCAGGAGAGCCAUCUUCACUCAGUGGGACCGGACGGUGAAGGCCACGAAGACACGUGAAGCCCCCCCUGCUACCACUACACUCCCCAGCCUGCUGGUGCUGGGGAUGCUCUUCCUCCCGCUUCUCCUCCUCCUCACUGUGCUCUACUGGUAGGGGGGUGGGGAGAGUUGUAGGCUUACCGAGUGGCUUUUGUGUGUGGGAUGCUUUCUGCUGGCCACUGUCUGUGCUGCUGCCUCACUCCCUGCCCAGAUAAUUCUUCAAGAGCUCCCCUGUAUAUAAUACACAGCUAUGUAAAUCAGUGUAACCUCAGUGCCUUGUGAAUCUGGGACCUUUCUCAGCUGUGGCUAUGACAAAGUAUGAAGGUGUCAGCUGGUGAUUUUAUCUCUAAACAUGUGUUCAGUGUGUGAUGCAUUGCUGUGCAUCUUCCAUUUCACCUUUCCUACAGUCUUUUUCUAUAGUGGAGAAAUGGAGAUAACAUGUUUGACUGUUCAGUAAAUGUUUUGGUGUAAAACAUAUGCUCUGGGCUAAAUAGGCUUGUCUGUAUUGGCACUUCUGAGCAGUCAGAGGUGCCUGGGCUGGGUGACAUCCCAACCUGCUAAUGUGGCUUUAGCAGAGCAGAGAUGUGCCCUAUGUUUCCUUUGAUACCAGCUUCCACUUUGCUCAUUGCAAAAUGGAUUUGACACGUACAGAAGCAGUAACCACCUGUGGUGCUUUCAGCCAUCAACAGUUUGCUCUAAAAAGGGUUUUUCAGCCAGAAUUUUGUGCCACUGCUCACUCCUCCAUUCCUCAGUGGGAUGGGAGAGAGAAUUGGGGGAAAAAAAAGCCCAAAUAAAUACAACAUGUAACUCAUGGAUCGUGAUAAAAACUGUUUACAAAGACAAAAAGGAAGAGGGAAAAAAGGAUUAUAAUUAUUUUAUACAUGUAUAUAUACACACAAGUAUAUACAUAAACAAAUGAGGCACAAGCAACUUCCCCCCUGCCAAUCACUGUUUUGCAUGAUGCCAUAUAGUAUGGGUUAUACUUUUGGCUAUUUGAGGUCAGCUGUCCUGGUUUUAUCCCUGCCUGCCUUCUUGUGGCCCUCCCCAGCCCCUCACUGUCAGGGCAGCAAGAAGCUGAGAACAAAAAUGUCCUUGGUUCUGUGCAGCACUGCUCAGCUACAGCUAAAACAUCGCUGAGUUAUCGAUGAUGGCUUCCUCCUAAAGCCAAAACACAGCAUCAUACCAGAUAUUGUGAAGGAAAAAUCAAUUCUGUCCCAGUUGAAAUGUGGAUACGCUUCUCAUUUCAGAUAAGAGGAAAAGUGGUUUUAAUCUUCUUUUAGCAUCGUGAAUUUUAUUGCAUUCUGUGAUCAAUACAUGCUAUAGGCUGCAAGCUGAGCCAGGCAUCAGGCUUGAUGUGGGAAAUUACUUUAACUUGAGUGUUAACAGCAAAAUACUUUAACUGCUAUGGAUAAUAAAAACAGAAUUACCUAUUCAGC